AUGGACAGAAAAAAGGGCCCCAUAGAAAACCCCCCAAAAAAAAAAAUGAAAAGAAAAGAGAAGGGUAAGCUGCGCGCAGUGAUAGCAGCCAUAACGGAGGAAGUGGACACCAUUCGAAAUCCAAAGGAAGCCGAGUAUUAGAGGAAUUGGAGGAGGGAGGAUGGGUCAUGGUGUACACAGUACCAGAGGAACCACUUUACCAUUUUGUUGUUAUUCUUGUUCAGCUCGGUCCUCCUCGUCGGUUUCUCUGACUCAUGGGCAGCGUCCUCCGAGUCUUGGCCCAAGUUGUGUGAGGUACGCGGUGCUUGGUGCCGGCUUCGCCGGCCUCUCAGUUGCGUGGCACUUGUUAAAGCAGAGUCCCAAAGACUCGUGUAUACGCAUUGACAUUUACGAUGAAGUUGGAAUCGGAGGAGGUGCAUCGGGCGUUUCAGGAGGCCUUCUUCACCCUUAUUCCCCUAAAGCCAAGCUUCUAUGGCGUGCUGCCGACUGCUGGAAUGAAUCUUUAAACCUUUUGAGCGUUGCCGAAGCAGCAGCAGCUUCUGCUGCUCAAAAUCCUAAUGAAGACGACCCAUUGCCAAUUGUUAGAAGAAGGGGCAUCUUGAGACCAGCCCUGAGCAUGAAGAACUUGAUGAUGUUGAAAGAUAAUGCCCAGAAUUGCCUUGCCAGUUGCAGAAUAGAAACCAUUAACAACGAUGCUGCCCAAAAUCUUCUACCCAGUAUAUGUGUACCUUUCAACACCUCAUUUUAUAUGCCUGAAGCUGUUAAUAUUUAUCCUCAACGCUAUUUACAGGCACUCUUCUUAGCAUGUCAAAAUUUGGUGAAGGAACUAUAUUCUGAUGGCUUUGGAGUAAAAGAAUUACAUUUGCACAAGAGUUCUGUCCACAAACUCCUAGACCUAGAAGGGGAAUACCAGGCAGUAAUAGUAUGUCUAGGUGCGAAAGCAGACUUGCUUCCUGAGCUCUGUGGGAGGCUUCCUUUGAGGACAUGCAGAGGUGUCGUUGCACAUCUUCAGCUUCCUGAUCAUUUAGGAGAGGAGUAUCCAAGUCUUGGCCCCUCGAUAUUGUCAGAUGCUUGGCUUGCUGUGCAAGGUCCUCGAAAUUUAUAUAUGGGCUCAACAUGGGAAUGGAAAUCAAGAAACUCAUCACCAAAUGUAUGUGCAGCUGAAGCCACAGAAGCCCUUAACGAGCUUCUGCCGAAGGCAUGUGCCAUUUUUCCUGCUCUGAAGGAUUGGAGCUUUGCUGGAGCCAGGGCUGGCCUGAGGGCAAUGCCACCACUCACUCCUCAUGGCUCACUUCCCCUUUUGGGUUGUGUCAAUGACAUUGUAGGCGAAAACCGAACCUCCAACUACUGGUUAUUUGGAGGGCUUGGUUCAAGGGGAUUGUUGUACCAUGGUUGGCUUGGGAAGUUGAUGGCAGAAGCUGUGCUUUCAUGUAGAGAAGAAUUAAUCCCAGAUGAAUUAACCUCCUGGAAGAAAAGAAGACAAUAAUUAAUACGUAACUCUUUGUUCAUUUAUGUUAGCUCUUUGAGUUAAGGUUCCAGCUUUUUAUCAAUGCUGAACCUUUUCUUAAGAAAGGGAAUGCCCUCCUACAAGAAAAAUUAAAAAAGCAAAAUUCAUAUGCCGCAAAAUUGGGCGACUGUUUUCGUAUUUUAUAUAUUAUUUAUGUGUGAGUUUAAUAUCUUAUCGCCUCCCUCAAUAGGAAAAGUUCUAAAAAGACCAAUACUGAACUCCCCGAAACCCUAACGGAUAUAUAUUUUUCUUCUGUGGAUUCA